AUGGCCGCUGCGGCCGCCCCCCGCAUCCUCCUUGUUCUCCUCCAGGUGCUCGGACUCGCCCUGGCCCAGAUCAGAGGGCCGCCGGGAGAGCCGGGACCCCCGGGGCCCCCAGGACCGCCGGGAGUGCCUGGAUCCGACGGCAUCGACGGUGACAAAGGGGCCCCUGGAAAGCCUGGCCCUCCGGGACCUAAGGGGGAGCCCGGAAAACCUGGACCAGAUGGGCCAGAUGGGAAGCCUGGGACUGAUGGUUUAACUGGAGCCAAGGGAGAGCCUGGCCCCCUGGGGAUCCCUGGAGUCAAGGGCCAGCCCGGGCUCCCAGGGCCUCCUGGCCUGCCAGGCCCUGGCUUCGCUGGACCUCCUGGACCAUCUGGACCUGUUGGCCUCCCUGGUGAGAUUGGAAUCCCAGGCCCCAAGGGGGAUCCUGGACCAGAGGGACCAUCAGGACCUCCAGGGCCCCCUGGAAAGCCGGGCCGCCCGGGAACCAUCCAUGGCCUGGAAGGCAGCGCGGAUUUCCUGUGUCCAACCAACUGUCCAGCAGGUGUGAAAGGUCCCCAAGGGCUGCAAGGAGUGAAGGGGCAUCCAGGCAAACGUGGGAUGCUGGGUGAUCCUGGCCGCCAGGGGAAGCCAGGUCCUAAGGGAGAUGUGGGUGCCUCUGGAGAGCAAGGCAUCCCUGGACCACCGGGUCCCCAGGGUGUUAGGGGCUACCCUGGCAUGGCAGGACCCAAGGGAGAGAUGGGUCCUCGUGGGUAUAAAGGCAUGGUGGGCUCCGUUGGCGCUGCUGGGUCCCCAGGUGAGGAGGGCCCACGGGGGCCCCCAGGCCGAACUGGAGAGAAGGGCGAUGUGGGCAGCCAAGGUGUUCGAGGACUCCAGGGAAUAACAGGCCCGAAAGGAGCAACUGGUCCACCAGGCAUCGAUGGCAAGGAUGGGACCCCAGGCACACCUGGCAUGAAGGGCAGUGCAGGACAGGCAGGGCGGCCAGGAAACCCAGGCCACCAGGGUCUAGCGGGUGUGCCAGGCCAGCCUGGGACAAAAGGGGGCCCGGGAGAUAAGGGUGAGCCAGGACAGCAGGGCUUUCCUGGAUUCUCUGGUCCCCCUGGGAAAGAGGGAGAGCCAGGGCCUCGAGGAGAAAUUGGUCCCCAGGGUAUCAUGGGGCAGAAGGGUGACCAAGGUGAGAGGGGGCCAGUGGGGCAGCCAGGUCCUCAAGGUCGACAGGGCCCCAAAGGAGAGCAGGGGUCACCUGGAAUUCCAGGGCCCCAAGGCUUGCCGGGCAUCAAGGGAGACAAGGGCUCCCCGGGGAAGACCGGGCCGCGCGGCGGAGCGGGCGAUCCGGGUGUGGCGGGCCUCCCGGGAGAGAAAGGCGAGAAGGGGGAGUCUGGCGAGCCGGGGCCCAAGGGACAGCAAGGAGUCCGUGGAGAACCCGGCUACCCCGGGCCCAGCGGGGAUGCAGGAGCCCCAGGGCCAGAGGGCUACCCUGGACUUCCCGGCCCUCGAGGACUGGCUGGCAACAGAGGCGUGCCUGGGCUGCCCGGGAGACAGGGCCUGGCGGGCCGAGAUGCCAGUGACCAGCACAUUGUGGAUGUGGUCCUGAAGAUGCUGCAAGAGCAACUGGCAGAGGUGGCUGUGAGUGCCAAACGAGAAGCCCUGGGUGCAGUUGGAAUGAUGGGUCCCCCAGGGCCCCCAGGACCUCCCGGAUACCCAGGCAUACAGGGACCCCAUGGGCACCCUGGCCCACGGGGAAUUCCCGGCAUCGUGGGAGCUGUGGGUCAGAUUGGCAACACGGGGCCCAAGGGAAAACGUGGAGAGAAAGGUGAUCGGGGAGACAUGGGACGUGGGCACCCUGGAAUGCCUGGUCCCCCGGGGAUCCCAGGCCUCCCUGGGCGGCCUGGCCAGGCAAUCAACGGCAAAGAUGGAGACCGAGGAUCCCCAGGGGCUCCAGGAGAGAUGGGCCGCCCUGGCCUGCCAGGCCCUGUGGGGCUGCCUGGCUUCUGUGAGCCUGCAGCCUGCCUUGGAGCCUCAGCCUAUGCCUCGGCCCGCCUUACAGAGCCGGGAUCCAUCAAGGGGCCAUGAGCAUCAGGCUGGGAUAGAGCCCAGUGGGCAUCCUGGGGGGAAAGAACCAGGUCCCCUCUCAGUGGAUGUGCAACCCACCCUCCAGCUCGGGAAACUA